AUGAUCCAUUUCUGGAAACCCAGCAUCAUCGUUGGCCACGGUGUCGAGAAGAACAUGCAGGGAACUCACCUCGCACUGUUUAUUGACCAACGUUCUGGCCUUCAAGAACAUUCUCCAUCGUCGUGGGCAGCAGCGAACGAUCUUAGUCCAAGAAGACGAGCUGCGAGGCGGGAGGAAUCACCUACAAGAGCGGAAAGGUCGUGGGCGGUGUUCUGGGAUGUCCAAAGAGACCGACUAACAUGCAAGGAACCCACCUCGCAUUGUUUAUUGACCAACGUUCUGGCCUUCGCAAACACUCUCCGUCGUCGUGGCACGGGGCAGGGAUGGAAGGGCGGCGGCAUUGAACGUUCUGGGUUCAAGAAGACACGGGAGGAGGCACCUACGAGGGCGGACAGGUCGUGGGCGGCGUUCUGGGAUGCACAAAGAGACCGACUAACAUGCAAGGAACUCACCUCACAUUGUUUAUUGACCAACGUUCUGGCCUUCGAGAACACUCUCCGUCGUCGUGGCAUUGGGCAGGGUGGAAGGGCGGCAGCGAACAUUCUGGGCUCAAAAAGAUGGGCUGCGAGAAGGGAGGAGGCACCUACGAGGAAAGACAGGUCGUGGGCGGCGUUCUGGGAUGCACAAAGAGCACAAAAACCUCGACUCCGACCACGUGGAUCGCUAGCCCCUUCCUCGUUCAGCAGCGUGUUGGACCUUGAAGACGUGGGUGGGUGUCUGGGUGUUGGGUCCGAGGCGCUGUGUCGAGGGCGGGUGGCCGUCGAAGACGGGGCAUCGAGGGCGGCCUUCCAGCUCGUUGUCAGCGUAGAAAUGAAGGCUAGAGACGAGGCACCCGCUCUGUCUAAGCAACAUAGUUGGAUAGACGCUUCCGCAGCCUCGGACAACCUCCCCUCAUCUUCCUCUUCCCUAGCUCAACGUCAGAAGAUUGUAAUACCCAUCGAAGCGCGUCUCAAGGGGAAGGGGCUGGCGGAUACAUUCUGGAUCUGUCGUCUACGGGAGAGGGCGGGGUCCAAGACCACUCUCACGUAA